AUGAGACUCUUCGCUCUCGCUGCGUGCUUCGCUGGUGCUCUCGCCCAGCAAGCCUCCAUCUACUACCCGACGAGUGGCAGCACCAUCCACCCCGGCAACCAAACAGUACAAGUCAACCGCCAGCCCAGCACCACAGGCUCCCGCGAGGUAGACAUCGUCAUCUCCAUCGCGCCCUGCCACCCAGACGGUACUUGCGACGAUCCCGCCACGCAUCUCGGCACAACGCUCUAUGUUGGUCCAUACAACCCUCAAUACCCCACGCCACCGUACUAUGGGAACUACGGGAUUCAGCAGAACUUUACUGUUGACAUACCUGAGGCGCUCGCGGGGCAGAAGGCCGUGUUGAGCGUCGUGCAUUUCGCUUUGCUUGGAGCGAGCCCGGAGGUGUUGUUCGAGGUCGUGAACGCUACAGUGAACGUGGCUCAGAAGUACUUGCUAUGA